AUGAACCUGGUCAAGGGAACAACCUUCACGUUCCUAACAGGACUUGGCAUUGCAGGGAACACCUUUGUUCUUGUGAACUACAUUUACUUAUUUAGAUGUAUUGAGAAGAAACCUAUACACCUUAUUCUCAUCCACUUGGGUUUUACAAACAUCCUAAUGCUUUUUACCAAAGGAACACCAAGGGCAAUAGCCAGCUCUGGUUUGCAAAACCUCUUAGGUGAUGUAUGCUGUAAGGUUGUGGUUUACCUGGAGAGGGUGGCCCAUGGUCUGUCCAUCAGCACCACCAGUCUCCUCACGGUGGUCCAGGCCAUCACCAUCAGCCCAGCCUCCAGGUGGAGGAGGCUGCAGCCCAGGUCUGCAUGGGACAUCCUUCCCUUGUUGGUCUUUUUCUGGGUACUUAUCAAUGCCUUGAUAAGCAUGAACUUACAAUUUUACAUAAAAAAUCGCAACAACAUGAACACAUCAGAAUUUAGUAAAAGUGACAACUAUUGUUAUUUUCAACCAGACAACUGGAUAAUCACAUGGAUUUUUCUUGCUCUCAUUUUCCUUCGAGAUGCUGUGCUCCAGAGUGUCAUGGGCUGGGCCAGUGGCUACAUGGUCUUCCUCCUCCACAAGCAACACCAGCACGUCCUCUAUCUGCAGACCUCCAAACUCCUCUACAGAACUCCCCCAGAGAUGAAGGCUGCUCAAAGUGUUCUCCUUCUGAUGCUCUGUUUUCUCUUCUUCUAUUGCACAGAUUGUUUUAUUUCUUUACGUUCAUUUUUGUCCUUAUUGAAGAAUUCCAUAUCUGUAAGUGCUCAAGAAUUUCUGACUCUUGGUUAUGCGAUUCUUAGUCCAUUUGUGCUGAUUCACAGAGAUGGACAUCUGGCUGAAUGUUGUCAUGCUCAGUAA